AUGGGGAUAAGGCAAUGGCCAAAAAGAGGCUUGAAUGUAAAGGGAAGGAAGAAGAAGGCAAAACUAUGUUUGGCAAAGAAUGCAAAUGUUGGAAAAAGUUGCUUACAAAAGAAGCUUCAAGAACUUGAGGGGACUGUUCCAGGGAACAAUUUGUUUCAAAGUAUUGAAAAGUACAUACUUCAACUUGAAGCUAAAGUCACCAUCUUAAGGUGUUUAUCCAACUUCUAUGGAGUAUAA